AUGGACACAACACAAGCCGAUUCUGGCAGGAGUAAUCGUUCGAACGUCGGAAAGGUUGGCGGUGUUUCGAAGAGUCCAACGAAAUACAUAUUCAAGCCCGAAGUCGUGAAUUCCACGUCAUCGAAGCACGCCAUUAAUGGUGCCAACCGCGAUCCCAACUCGGAGAAACCCCAGCCACGUUCGCGUGAUACUCAAAAGGGACUUCUAGGAUUCCUUGCGAGAAGUACAAAGCGUGCACCUAUCAAGAGUUCGGAAGUUCACGUAGACCGUAAAAGAAGCCAUUCCUUGUUCACGCUGAAAAAUGUCAAGGAGAAGGAUCGGAGGUUGUCGGAGCUGGAAGAAAAUCGACUUCUUGCCAAACUCGUUGCGGAGCACGAGAACAAAGGGUCUCGGACGAAAGGACGAAAUCCCGAGGAAAGGCACUCAAGGAGCGAUGACAGGAAAAUCAGAACACAGAAGAAUAGCGAAUGCCACUCCACUGUAGAACGAAGUCCUGACUCGGAGAUCAGGAGUCAGGGAGAAAAAAGUCUGGACGGCAAGAAUUACGAGACCAGUAGUAAAUACUCAGAGGAAAGGAAAAGGCGACUUGCAGAGAUCAUCCGUCGAAAUGAAAAACACGAACUAGCCUUUGCAUUUCAACUUGACUUAGAAAAUGAUCUGGAUAAAGAGAACCGUUUAUCUGCAAACAAAGACGAAUGCUCCUCAUACGAACCGUACUCAUCACACCAAGAAAAGAGAAGUCCACAAAGCGAGACUAAUUCGUCAGAGGGGUCUUCUCAUCAUAAAAAUGAUAGGGUUCCUCCCAGAGCAGAUUCUCCGUACCCCAGCACCAAUCACGUCGAACUAUUUCUGGCUACUCGUGAAAAUAUAAAUCGCAAAUACUCGUCGAAAAGCCUACAGGAAGACCUAACAAGAUGCAUUACAAACUGUGAGAAUUGUGGCGAAUCGCAUUGUUCCUCGUCUACGAAAAGUAAUUUUCGUCCAGAAUACCCCGAAACGGGGAUAGUGGGAUUACCGGAUGAACUCAAUUUCACGAAGAAAUUUCCCUUCGAUCGACAACAGGAAAUCCCAGUAACUUCCUUGUUGUAUCGCAGCAAAUCUUCGCCACAACUAUCAGGGCACGAUAGUGGCGUUGGUAGCAAUGAGCAGCCUGCGGGAAGACCUACUGCCAGAUUAGUUGCUGAUCUCCGCCAACUAUUAACCUUGAAGCAACACUACUAUCCAGAAGGAGGUUGGGGGUGGGUGAUCAUAGUGGUGGGAAUUCUAGUGCAGAUCCUGACCCAUGGGUUACACGGUGCCUCGGGAGUACUUCUUCAACAAGUCGCCAACAAAUUUGGACCCCGGAUUUAUUUGGAGUCAG